GCCCGCUCCCAAUAAUCCCCAGCCGCUGCUCCGAAGAACAUCAAUCUCGAAUCUCGAACCACCAUCGAAGCUCCGCAAGCUCUCGACGCCUCGUCACCGCUACAUCGCUCGCUACCGUAUCCCUCCAGGCCGCUCACUCCUGCUGCCAUCAUCCGCAUUGGCCUGUUACUACGCAGCAAAAUAGCCUGUGGAGCGCUCGCUCGCUCGCAGCUCAACGCCCCGUCGCAAUGACAGACCGCAUGGUAGUCGGCACGAACACGCUCCCCAGCAAUCCGACACCCCUCUCCGCCCCGCAAGAACAACAAGUCCGCGAUCUAUACUACAAGAAUGUGCGCGCCAAAUGCGCAAAGGAGAUUGAGACCUUCGCUCAAUGCGCCCUCGGCCGUACCUUCACCAUGAUGUACACAUGCCGCCCCGCGCGCCUAGCCAUGAACGCCUGCAUGCUACAAUACCAGAACCAAGACGAGCUGGACAAGGCGCGGCAAGAGUGGUUUGCGCUAGCGGGCGAGCGGAAAAAGCAGCGGGAAGAGCACCAGCGGCAGCUGGAGGAUGCGAGGCACAAGCACAAGGAGUGGUGGAAUUUGGAUGACCAGGGGCGUACGAUGGGGCGGAAGGCCGAGGGUGGUUUGAGGCGGAAGGAAGAGAAUCGCGUGGACGACAGGGGGGUUACACGUGGAGGGAUUUAUAGGGGGACGUGAGAUGUUGGAGGGGGGAAGGAUGGGCGGGAUGAUAUGAUUGAUUGAUUGCAUUCAUAAGGCGUUUACAAGGCGGCAUGGCAUCACUUGCACAUAUGCAUACUGAUUGUGCAGAUGGAUCGGAACUAGAACUAUUCCGAAUGUAUCGAUAAAGAGCUGGAUGGAAAUGUUGUAUGAUAUUUUUUUGCGCAGAACAAAAGGUGGAGGUAG